CUCUAUCUCUGACAAUUGGGUAAAAGCUGCGCUGUCCUCUCCUCUGCACCGACUCUGUCCUGCCGAACCAUGGCCAGCCCGCUGCGCUCCUUGAUGCUACUGCUGGCCGUCCUGGCCGUGGCCUGGGCCGGAACCUCCAGGCCACCCCCGCGAUUGUUGGGAGCUCCGCAGGAGGCAGAUGCCAGCGAGGAGGGCGUGCAGCGAGCGUUGGACUUCGCCGUAAGCGAGUACAACAAGGGCAGCAACGAUGCGUACCACAGCCGCGCCAUACAGGUGGUGAGAGCUCGUAAGCAGCUUGUGGCUGGAAUAAACUAUUAUUUGGAUGUGGAGAUGGGCCGAACUACAUGUACCAAGUCCCAGACAAAUUUGACUAACUGUCCUUUCCACGACCAGCCCCAUCUGAUGAGGAAGGCACUCUGCUCCUUCCAGAUCUACAGCGUGCCCUGGAAAGGCACACACACCCUGACAAAAUCCAGCUGCAAAAAUGCCUAAGAGCUGAGUCUCAUAGGACCAUGCCAAUGGUCCCUUACUUGUUCCCCUUCCCUGUAGUGUUUUAUCCCUGAGAAGGGUGCUCCAGCUCUGGAGGGCAUCUCCAGGGUGUUCCCACCAGGAGACAGUAAAGAAGCUGCUGCAGGCAGGUUCUGCACGUCAGAACAGCUGUCCCCUGGUUCUAGUCUUCUCCUUGCAGUACCUGUCAUACCUUGCUCUUGCUCAAUUAAAAAAUUUAAAAAA